AUGGUUCUUCUGGCUACUAUCAUCAUGGCCGGACGUGGAACAAAACAUCCUAAAAGACGGCAAGAGAUGCAGUAUCUGCAGGCGGCGAUCUCGGAGGCAAUGAGGCUGUACCCGCCGGUGCCGGUGGACACAAAGGCCUGCCUGAAAGAUGACGUCAUGCCGGACGGCAUGUUCAUCGGAAAAGGGUGGUUCGCGACGUAUCACACGUACGCCAUGGGGAGAAUGGAGAAGAUUUGGGGGAAAGAUUGCUGCGAGUACAAGCCGGAGAGGUGGUUGGACGAGAAUGGGGAGUACAGGCAGGAAAGUCUGUUCCGGUUUCCGGUGUUCCACGGCGGGCCGAGAAUGUGUCUGGGAAAGAAAUGUCGUGAAAUCCAUUGCGGCUUCGAUUCUGGAGAGGUUUGA